CACCUGAGAACUCCCAGGCCGGUCCUCAUCUGAACAGGAAGUCUUUGUGGUCAUGCUCUCUGAGGUGACCGCCCCCGCAUCUCUGCUCUGGGCAGUGCUGCUCAUCUCGCCACUCACCGAAGCCUUCAAGCCGCUGCUCUCUCCGGGGGGCGGUUCACUUACGCACCGGGACAUCACCCAGAGGGCCAUCUUCCGCAAGACUGCCCAAGUGUGCCGCGCAAUGGCCACUGCCCAGGGUCAGGACUUCACUUUGGCUAUUGAUGACAAGCUGACGGCAUACACCCUGCAGCGGGCGUGCUUCUCAGGGGGGUCAUCCUUCCUGUCGGCCCUGGCCUUCCAGACAGCCGUGACCAAGACGUAUCUGAGCAACGCGGCCGUGGACGUUCUCUUGGCUCUGAGCGCUCCGCACCACUUUGACGACGAGACGUUUGCGGAGGGGCGUGAGGUGGUGACCCAGGCCGCCGCCGCCGCCAAGGCCGCUGUGAAGCACGGGAGCUUCAUCUCCGCCAGGAUCAGCCUGGGCUCUGCCUGUCACACACUGCAGGACUUCUACAGCCACAGUAAUUGGAUAGAGAUGGGGAACAGGGUACCAUUUUCCAAACUGAUCAGGCCAGACAUGUCUUUGGAUAAUUUGGCAGGCCCUGAAAGAGCCACCUGCAGGAACUGCACAGGAGGAAACUGUACGAAUAACGUCCUGCCUGACAUCCUGCAGGAGCAGAAACUCACGUCAGGCUACUUCAGUCUCUUCUCUUCAGCCAAGCCAGCAGGCAAGUGUAGCCAUGGUGGUUCCUUUGACCGAACCAGUGGUCAGGACCCAGUUGGUGGCAUCAACAAGGAUGACACCUCGGAGAGCCAUGGGCAUCUGCACCUGCGAGCCGCAGAGGUGGCCAUCAACGCCACCAUGGAGCUGCUGGAGGACAUCCGACUGGCCACUGGCGACAAAGACUUCCUGCGGUUGGUGGGAAUAUCCCAGUCGUCCGUGCUCUGCUUUGUAAUUGACACCACGGGUAGCAUGGCAGAUGACAUUGCCGAGGCAAAGCGCGUUUCGUUCUCCAUCAUCAACCUCAAACGGGGCACCCAGGAGGAGCCGUCGGAGUACAUCCUGGUUCCCUUUAAUGACCCAGGCUUCGGUCCACUCGUCAGGACCACUGACGCGGAUGUUUUCAAACAGGAGAUUAACAAGCUCAGCGCUGCAGGAGGAGGGGAUAUCCCUGAGAUGUGUUUAUCAGGACUUCUGCUGGCGCUAACUGGCGCUCCCCCUUCCUCGGACAUCUUUGUGUUCACUGACGCGGCUGCUAAAGACGCGGAGCUGAAGAGCACUGUGACUGCGCUGAUUGAGAGCACCAAGUCCAAGGUCACCUUCAUGCUGACUGACCCCACGCGCUCGGCACGCCGCCAUCAGCGCUCUGGGAGCCCCGCCUCCAGGGCUUUGUCCGACGCAGAGACUCAGCUGUACCGGGACCUGGCGCAGGCUUCAGGGGGCCAGGCCAUAGAGGUGUCCAAGUCCUCCCUGCCGGACGCCACCGUGGUCAUACAGGACGCCUCCACCUCAGCUCUGGUGACUUUGCUCCAGGCAGUCAGGACUCCAGUGAGGGCAGAGAACUUCACCUUCCUCCUGGAUGAGACGGUGUCCAAUGUGACCGUGUACAUCACAGGGUCCUCCUCACCCACCUUUACCCUUUACAGUCCCACAGGAGAGUCACAGGACCAUUCGGUGGCGGAGGGACCCCUGGGUACGAUUCAGAGCGUGGGGAACCUACAGCGUGUACAACUGAACACCCACAACCGCACAGGAUUGUGGGAUAUCACCAUCAACUCCGCAGCAACGUUCACUGUCAAAGUCACAGGUCAAAGUUCCAUCAACUUCCUGUUUAACUUUGUGGAGGCCUUUGAUGGUGCACAUGGAGAUUUUAGCCUAAAACAGAGUCGUCCAUCCAUUGGUAAGAGUGCUACCCUGCUGAUGUCCGUGACUGGCAGUGAUUCGUUGAAAGUGUCUGAGUUGGCUCUGGUGCCUGUGUCUGGAUCCGGGGUUCGAAAUGGAACCCUGGAGGAUUUAGGAGGUGGGGACUUCCUGGUGACGAUAGAGGAGCUGCCAGCGGGGGACUUCAACUUCCUACUGAAGGGGGAGAUCAGCGGAGUGUCCCGCUCCUCUCCCGCCCUCUUCCAGAGGCAGUCGUCCACGCAGCUCAGGGCCUCCAGCGUGGCUGUGACGGCCUCAGUCAACAGCACUCUUGAACCUGGAGCGACCUUUACUGUGCCCUUCACCGUGGAGACCAACACCACAGCGGGCAGCUACACCAUCCGAGCGAGAAACGAUCGUGGGUUCAGCUCGAGUUCCCCCAGCAACCUGAUGCUGGAGGCUGGAGGUCGUGCUGAAGGCACAGUGACCCUCACCGCUCCGUCAGACACCCCCUCGGGCACUGACGUCACACUGACCAUCGAGGCCGAGGCCCCUGGGGCCAUCGACUCCAACUACGCCGUCGUGAGCUUCGUUGUUGCCUCUAAGGUGACUGACUUCACCCGUCCUGUGUGUCAAAUAGUCAGCAUCACUGCCAACUGUACACUAGACUGCAGCCUUGGGACAUGGCAGCUCUCCGCCAACCUGAGCGACGGCAACGGCACGGGCAUCGCUUCAGUGAUGGUGCAGACGGGCAGUGGAACGAUCAGCACCACCUCCUCCGGGGUGGGCCUGACCGCUGUGCUCUACAACGCCUCCUGCUGUUCCCUGGAGGUAGAGCUGGUCAUGGUGGAUAACGCUGCCAAUGCAGCAAUUUGCUCCGCCUCCAUAAGGAAUCUCCCCUCUCCCACGACUGCUCAGCCAAUGACCACCACUGCCAACGCUACAGCCAACGCCACUGCCAACGCCAAUGCAACUGCCAACCCCACUGCCAACGGCACAGUAACGCCGGCAUCCACAACCUCUAGUGGGCAGCUCUGCAGUUACGUCUCCCUCUGGCUGUGGAUCGCAGUGAUGUCGCCGUUGCUUUAUCUCCAGGCUUAA